GUCACAAUGGAUAUGUCUGACCCGACUCUUCCUCUUUCAUUUUCUCUACCGCCAUCUCCAGCUACUAACGUGCGCCCUUCCGAGACUAAUGUGCGCCGGGAGUACAAAGCGCCAAUUAGCAACAGUUUGAUCACAUGUCAACCUACAGUUAUGUCGUCGACCGAAUCCAGCCGGCCACCCGGUCGAACAAAGAGACAGACAUGUUUCCGGGGAAUUCGUAGCCGGAGCGGGAAAUGGGUGUCGGAGAUCCGUGAGCCGAAAAAGACGACGAGGAUAUGGUUAGGGACAUACCCUUUUCCGGAGAUGGCGGCGGCAGCCUAUGACGUGGCGGCUCUUGCGCUUAAAGGAGAAAACGCAGUUUUGAAUUUCCCAGAUUGGGUUGAUUCUUAUCCUGUCCCUUUGUCGGUGACUCCGUCGGAUAUUAGAAAUGCGGCUACUGCCGCCGCCGCUUUGAUGAAAGGGGGAGUGAAGAGGGAGGGAGACAAUGUAGGAGAUCGAGAAGUGCCUGUGAUGACGGAAUAUAUUGAUGAAGAUGAUUUAUUUGAUAUGCCGCAGUUGUUGGUUGAUAUGGCCGGUGGGAUGAUGGUAACUCCGCCGAGGAUUGAUUCUCCGGCGAGAUCAGAUGAGUCGCCGGAGAGUUUACACGGCGAGAGACUAUGGAGCUAUAGUACUUGAGUUCAUAUAUAUCGAUCUUAGGAUAAUUUCAUCAAGAUAAAUGGGAAUUUAUUUACAUAUCAUGAUCAUCACCAUCAAAUAGGGAAUAAAUUAAACGUAAGAAUGGGAGAUGGGGAGAGAUUGAGGAAAAGAUGAUCGAUUCGUGGUUGUCGUGUGAACAAUAUACACAUAAUUAUGAAUAGGGUUCUUGUAA